AUGAGCAAAACAGAGCUUCUGGUCGCCGAUGUAGGCUGCUUGAAACAAAUCAAAACCAUUCUAGAGCAACGAAGCGCUUAUGUGAGACCAAUUGGAUAUGAAAAUGGCUUGAAAGUCGUUAGAACGAGCUUAGCAAAGGAUGAUAUUACAAUAAAACAUAUCUUAUCUCAGUACAACGGUGUUGAAAUGAGGGAAUACAAAGAUGGUACUCCUGAUAUAUGUUUGGAUCGCAUUUCAAAGUUUGCCGAGAGGUUUCUGAAGAUCAAUGGCGCAGAUUCAGAAGAUAUCGAUGUGCUCUUAAAACAUGUGCCCCUACGUUACUCGUUAUACGAACCCGUCGUGCUGUUUAACAACUCCGUGGAACGCAGUUUUUUGAAAGAAAACUGGAGGGAGGCGCUUAGCCGACCACAAAACAAAGACUUCAUGAAGUCCAUGCUUACACAAUUGUUUCCCAACUUCACUCAUGUGGCAACAAAUCGGCCUAUUGUGGAGUACGAUGCCAUGCGCAGGCCGUUUCAUAUUGAAUCUUUAGAGGGAGUCUUAUUCGACGGACAAGCUGUGCAGCAAACUUGGGACCAUCCCACUCAGCAAGAUUUCAAAUCUUCUGUGUGGUGCCAUGUGGUACAAAACGGCAUACAUCAAGUAUGGUCUCCAGUGUUUACAAUGUUCAGCCGCGGUAAUAUAAAGGAGAAAAAGCGUAUUCUCGAUCCGAAAUCUUUCUCAGAUAUCGAAGGUUACGAUGUUGUGGACCUAUAUGCCGGUAUCGGAUAUUUCACGUUGAGCUACCUUAAGCGCCAAGCCAGCAGAGCUUUUUGUUUCGAGCUUAAUCCUUGGAGCACAGAGGGUCUUAGACGUGGUGCCAUCCUUAAUAAAUUUACUACCAAUUGCCAUAUAUUCCAAGAAUCAAAUGAAAAUUGUCUGAAGCGCUUAGCCAAUUAUGAUGCAGUGCACGUCCGCCAUAUUAACUUGGGACUUCUACCCAGCAGCAUACAAGGCUACCCAUGGGCACUAGAAAUUGUGGAAAGAUACGGCGUCUCUCCGGUGACAACGCUACAUAUUCAUGAAAAUAUACAUGUCAAUGAUAUCGCCAGUGGUCAAUUUUCCAGAAACGUUCUGCGGCAUCUGCAAGAAGUGAAGCCCCAAUUUAAGUAUACUUUAACGCAUCUUGAAAAGGUAAAGACGUUCGCCCCUGACGUGUGGCAUUGCGUAUUAGAUGUAGAUGUCGCGCAUAAUAAGUAG